CAUCCUGUGGCCGGUUGGGCCUGAAUACACCCUGAUACUUUGCCAGUGUCAAACUAUACCACAUUUGAAGGGCUGUUGCAGUCUCAUAUUUACGGUAAUACCUUAUGAGUUGAACGGAAGUGCGAUUACAUACGAAUAUCCCACUUCCAACAUUGCUGCUGUUUGUCAACAACAUUGUUUGCGCGACUCGUUCUCUUCUUACACAUACCAAAUUGGGCCAUUUGCCAUAGUGUUGGAACUAUAAAUAAACGGAUUGUUUCUUACACAUUGGCUAGUUAGAGAAUUGUAUUCUAUUUACUUAAUCACAGAGAAUCCUGGGUUGGACAAGAUGGCCAGCUGCAAUUUUCAGGCACAGUUGGUAUCCAUUCUUGAGGUAUUGGCUAAAGCAGCUGUAGCAGAAAUAAGCAAUCGUGUAGAUGAUAGCUGUGCUGUUAUACGUUUGGAAAUGACCCAAAGCCAGCGUGAUAUUGAUGUACUGAAAAAGAAGUGUCAAAUGAUGGAGAGCGAGCUGAAGAAGACACGAGGACGAGUCAGGAGAAAAGGUAGUACUUCACGGUUUUUACCCCAUGUUAUCAGAGAGAUCUUCAUAUCCAGUUAAGAUUGUUUUGAACAAGCAGAGGAGUAACUCACAGUGGGGAGAAGACAAUAUGGCAGUUGAAGAGGACUCUCAUCUCCAUCCUACAGAUGUGGAGCAGAGAGUGGAGACUGAACCCAUACUGAUCAAAGAUGAGGAGACAGCAGAGGACGUGUGGAAGACUGACCCUCAGGAAGAGCUCAGGAUCACUGGAGAGGAGCCUGGUUCCAAGCCUGGGAAAUCACCAUCCUUUGAGCAACGGCACUGUGAUGAGGACUUCAUCACACAACCCAAUAUAUCUCCCAGAGACUCCGUGGAACAUUACCCCAAUUCUGAUCGUCCAGAGGAACCAGGAACACCCCGGCUCUCAUCUACAAAGGUGUUCAGCACAGAGCAGCACCGGCCAGACGAGGACUCACUAAACCUAGUGAUGGUGAAGGAUGAGAAAGAGGAGGAGCUGAAUCAGACCACAACCCUGGCAGGACCUGACCAGUUUGUCAUGGAUGACAAUGAUGGGCAGCUGUGGACCUCUGUGGGUCCAGGCAGAAACACUGACCCUGAUGGCCACCCAGAUUUCUCCUUUCAUUCCACAGAAGAGUACUCUCAGAAUAUCUCAAUUUUCCCAUCUCAUAGUGGGCUGCCAUCCAUUCCUACGAUGACCAAUGAAGUGGGGCCACCGCUUCACUCUUCUAUAUGGAAACCACAUGCUAAUAUGUUCAGUGCAGGAAAACACAUUAAAAGACAUAUCAGGACAUCGGCUGAUGAGAAUAGACAACAGAUGCCAGAGGGACAGAGCAGCGAGACGCUGAACUCAAAUAAUGUAGGUAAUAGUUUAGCUCUACAGUCAAGGCAGCAUCAAUACAGGGCUUCAGAAGCAACAGUGAGAUUGAGUGAGUGCAUGACAGGGUCAAACAUGGCCACCACCUCCACCUUCUCAGAAUACAGCCUGAGUCGCAGUAGUUUUAACAUGGUGAAGAGAAUGAGGACUCAGUGGAGAUCUGGCGGCACCACCGAGAGGCGUUUCAGCUGCACCUUCUGUGGGAAGAGCUUCCAGCGUCUCUGCCAGCUCAAAGUACACCUCCGAAGUCACACCGGAGAGAAACCGUACACCUGCGAUCAGUGUGGCAGGAGUUUUACCCAACAGUGCAACCUGAUCAGACAUGCUAUGGUCCACAGCGGGGAGAAGCCCUACGAGUGCACACAGUGUGGGAAGUGCUUCACCCGACGCUCCAAAAUGACAUCACAUCAGAGAACUCACAUAGGAGAGAGUCCAGUGUCUCAAUACGUGAUACCUGCAUACCCUGGGGAUCCACACACAAGUUUAAUGUAGUCUCAGAACAAAUAGGAACAUAAUUUCAGUUUUUCUGUAACUCUUUCUACAUGGAAAUGUGGUGCAGAAGGUAUUUUGACAAGCUUUUCCUCCAAAUUGAUUUGUGCUUUUCUUGUUUGAUUGUUGAAGGCUUGAUUUUUAGAAUGAAUCCGUCUUUUAGAUCAAUAAUACUAAUACAUGAGGCCUAUAUGUAGAGCUUUUCAAUGACCCAAAAUUGCUUUACAAUUGUUGAAAAAAAUGAUCACAAGACUGCACCAGACUAACAGCAGGAGAAGCAAAGAGAAUGGGGAGGGGCUUAAAGUAAGGACAAGAGUGUGUGUAGGUGCUUUUUUUUAAAUUAGAUUUUCUCAACUCCUGCGUCUUUUCAUCCUAGUCCUCUCUCGCCUCCUUUGGAAAAAAGGUAAAAAUAAUGGAGGAGAGGGGGUGAGGAGAGCGAUGUGGACGAAAAUGUGCUUUUAUGGAAUGAGAUGGGCCUUAUCCAUCAGGCAAAGGACGUUUACCGGGGUGGAUCCCAAAAUAAAUGUGUAAAUCGAUGAAAAAAAUGUAAAUUAGUUUUGCAAUACAUUUUAUACAUAAAAGGUUAAGUAGCAUAUUGUUUUUAAAUGUGUGCAUGCUUUUCUCCGACGACAAUUCAACAGCUGAUUCAAAGGGUGUGUGGAAGAAAUGUUAAAACUCUUCUGUGCUUGGAUACAGUUGUGCUUCCUCGUCAAAAGGGGGGCUAUCAAGAAGGGGGAGACGUCUUAGUUUGCCUAAUAACGAAUAGAGUACCACAGUAUGAGUCAUGAUACCCAUAAAACCUAGCGGUCAAACUAA